CCCAGGUUACUGUUGAGUCAUUUCAUCAUGUUGAAAAUGUCCUUUUUGGAGGAGAACCCAGGUGUGACUAUGGAUUCUGAAGACCAGGAAAGAGACGAUCCUCAGUGCUGCUCAGAAGAUCCCGCCAGAGAUGCCCUGGAGCUGGGCCCCAGCCUCACCUCCGUGAGCUCUGCCCACUCAAGUCCAAGAGUGAAGGCCAAAGGUCCGGAGAAAUUCAGUAUCCAUGACGGGGAUCACAAAGUCCUGGUCCUGGACUCUGGGACGCUGAGAGCUGUUCCGUAUAAAACCUACAUUCUCCCAGAGACCUUCUUUGUACUUGCCUCCCACGUGGGCUCACCUUGUGAGAAGAAAGGAAGCCCCAUUUUCCUGGCCGUCUCUAAAGGAGAGCUGUGUCUCUGCUGCGAGAAGAACAAAGGGCAGCUCCAUCCAUCCCUGCUGCUGAAGAAAAAGAAUCUUUCUGACUUGGCUGCCCAGAAGGAACCAGCAUGUCCGCCCUUCACCUUUUAUAGGGCUAAGGUGGGCUCCAAGAACACGCUGGAGUCAGCUGCCCACCCCGGAUGGUUCGUUUGCACCUCCUGCAAUGCCUGGGAACCUGUUGGAAUGACAAAUACUCGAGGGAGAAAGAAACACACUGAGUUUUCAUUUCACCCAGUUUGCAAAGCUGAAAUGAGCCCCAGUGAGGUCAGCGAGUGCGCAGCUGCCCCAUCAGACGCCUUCCUGUCCUUAACUCCUUAACUCCUGCCCAGGGCAGAGGAACACGGAAGCUGCUCAUUAAACUCAUCUGUUUUUUACUAGUACUUUGGGAAUUUGUGUCUUUAGGUCUU